AUGUUGUUUUGGUUUAUCCUUGCAGCCGCGGCGGUUUGCCUUUUUUUCCGCUUCCCUUACCUAAUACAAGAUGUCAAGUACAUCGUGAAAAACUUGCGAAUACGUCGCAAAGUCAUGGAGUACAUCGAAACCAACUACACCAUCUUGGACCGCUUUAUGGAGCAGGCGAAAAAGCAGCCGCACAAGCCACUCGUCCUCUUCAAAGAUGAGACGUUCACGUACCAGGACGCCGACCGGCUCAGCAACCAAGCCGCAAGGGUGCUGCUGCAAAGCGGCCUGCUGAAGCAAGGCGACACGGUGACUUUGUUCGUGGCCAACGAGCCCGUGUUCGUGUGGCUCUGGUUGGCUCUCUUCAAACUCGGCUGUUCAGCGGCUCUACUCAACUCCAACAUCAGGUCCAAGUCACUGCUGCAUUGCUUCAAGUGCAGCGGCGCCCAAGUUUUACUGGUCGCUCCAGACUUGCAGAGCGCAGUGGAGGAGGUGCUACCAGAACUAUUGGAGCAGCAGGUGACUGUGUACUUCUUGGGGAACCCGGUGACAUGUGCAGGCGUGCACAGCUUCACCGACAAGAUGAGCAACAUGUCCUCUGAACCGCUCUCUAGAGAGUUAAGAUCAGAUUUGAACAUGCAGAGUCCCGCCGUCUACGUGUACACAUCAGGGACUACUGGUCUCCCUAAGGCAGCAGUGCUUACCCAUACCAAACUAUGGGCCAUGGCUAUGAUUCUUCGCAGUUGUGGAGUAAUCGCAGAUGACGUGCUUUAUAUCAGCCUCCCUCUGUAUCACACCUCGGGAUUUGUUGGAUUCGCAGGAGCAAUUGACUUAGGUAUCACAGUUGCCCUGAAGAGUAAAUUCUCUUCAUCACAGUUCUGGGAUGACUGCAGGAAAUACAAUGUGACUGUAAUACAAUACAUUGGGGAAAUAAUGCGUUUUGUCUGUAACACACCAAAGAAACCUAACGACCGAAACCACAAAGUAAGACUUGCGAUCGGCAACGGCAUCAGAGCCAACGUCUGGAAGGAUUUCUUGAACCGCUUCGGAAAUGUUCAAAUCUUGGAGCUUUAUGGAGCAACGGAAGGGAACUUCGUGUUGAUGAAUUACUGCGGCAAGAUUGGCGCUGUUGGACGAGACAACUUCUUAUACAGAUGGCGUUAUCCAUUUGCAUUGAUCAAGUACGAUGUGGACCUGGGAGAACCUGUGAGGAAUUCAUCUGGUCUCUGCAUCCAAGUUCCCAAAGGUGAGCCUGGCCUUCUUGUUUCUGAGAUAACUGCGAGGGCUCCAUUCUUGGGCUACGCCAGAAACCUGCAGCAGACUGAGAAGAAGAAACUGCACGAUGUCGUCAAGAAAGGUGACGUCUAUUUCAACACGGGUGACUUGAUGCUCAUCGACAAAGACGACUUUAUUUACUUUCAAGACCGGAUCGGUGAUACCUUCAGAUGGAAAGGAGAGAACGUGUCCACUAAUGAAGUGGCUGAUGUCAUCACUCAGGCAGACUGCAUCACUGAGGCAACUGUGUAUGGUGUGGAAGUGCCAGGCAACGAGGGGCGAGUGGGAAUGGCGGCAGUAGCCCUAAAGGACGGGUAUACGUUUGAUUCUGUAGGCAUCUUCAAGCACCUCGAAAGCUUCCUGCCACCUUACGCCAGACCACGCUUUAUAAGGAUUCAGGGCUCUUUGGAUGUCACGGGAACGUUCAAGCUUGUGAAGUCCAGGCUGGUUAAGGAGGGUUUUGACCCCUCUUCCAUAACGGAACCACUCUAUUUUAUGGAUGACAAGGAAAAGAAAUAUGUCCCACUUACCAUGGAGAUCAUCCAUGGAGUUACAUCAGGCAAUAUUAAAAUCUGA